GAGUUAUGUUUCAUCAAAACUUGAGAAGUUCACCAAAGUCGACGGUUUCAGAAUCGCGAAAUUAUGACCGAAAGUGAGCAAAUCGUCUACAUCAGCUGCUUAGAGGAGGUACGGUACUCCUUCGUCAGUCACAUCUUCGAAGCUCUCUGCCUAAAGCGCAUAAAUGAUGUGUUCGUCGAUAGCGACGAUCUGCUUUCCAAGGAGGCGCAGGCAAAGGUCGAGAGAGCUAGGGUUUCCGUGAUGAUUUUACCCGGAAACCAUACGGUACGCCUUGACAAGCUCGUGAAGGUUCUCGAGUGCCAGAGGACCAACGACCAGGUGGUGGUCCCGGUGUUGUACGGCAACAGAACAGUAGAGGCCGAAUGGCUUAGCGCGCUGGAUUCGAAAGGCUUCUCAUCAGUUCACCAGUCCAGGAAGGAAUGCAGUGACGCCAAACUUGUAGAAGAGAUUGUCAAAGAUGUGUACGAGAAGCUCUUUUAUACUGGACGAAUUGGAAUCUAUUCGAAGCUGCUAGAGAUUGAAAACAUGGUUAACAAGCAACCGAUAGGCAUCCGUUGUGUUGGAAUUUGGGGUAUGCCUGGCAUAGGAAAGACAACACUUGCUAAAGCAGUCUUUGACCAAAUGUCUAGCGCCUUUGAUGCUUCUUCUUUUAUCGAAGACUAUGACAAAGCAAUUCAUGAGAAGGGUCUUUAUUGUUUGCUGGAGGAACAAUUUUUGAAAGAAAAGCCUGGUGCCGAUGGUACCACAACGAAACUGAGCUUGCUUAGAAAUAAAUUACACAAUAAGAGGGUUCUUGUUGUUCUUGAUGACGUGCGCAAUCCUUUGGCUGCAGAGCCUUUCCUUGGAGGUUUUGACUGGUUUGGUCCCAAAAGCCUAAUCAUCAUAACCUCCAGAGAUAAACAGGUGUUUCGCCUUUGUCGAGUCGCUCAAAUAUAUGAUGUUCAGGGUUUAAAUGAGAAAGAGGCUCUUCGGCUCUUCUCCUUGUGUGCGUCUAUAGACGAUAUGGCAGAGCAGAAUCUCCACGAGGUGUCAAUGAAAGUGAUUAAGCAUGCGGAUGGACAUCCAUUAGCCCUCAGUCUCUAUGGCAGAGAGCUGAAGGGUAAAAAAAGACCGCAAGAAAUGGAGACAGCAUUCCUCGAACUCAAGGAACGACCUCCAGCUAUUUUUGUUGAUGCAAUCAAGAGCUGCUAUGACACACUCAAUGACAGGGACAAAAACAUUUUUUUGGACAUAGCUUGUUUCUUUCAGGGAGAAAAUGUCGACUACGUGAUGCAACUGCUUGAGGGUUGUGGUUUCUUUCCACAUGUUGGAAUCGAUGUUCUUGUCGAGAAGUGUUUGGUGACUAUUUCAGAAAACAGAGUGCGGAUGCAUAACUUGAUCCAAGAUGUUGGCCGACAAAUAAUAAAUAGAGAAACAGGAGAGACUAAGAGGCGCAGCAGACUGUGGGAACCUUGCUGCAUCAAAUAUUUGUUAGAAGAUAACGCAGAGAAAGAAAAUGGAGAACACAAAACAAAUUUGGAACGUGCUCAGGGCACUGAAGAGAUCGAAGGCUUGUUUCUGGACACAUCAAACUUAAGUUUUGAUGUCAAGCCAGCUGCCUUUGAGAAUAUGCUGAACCUUAGAUUGCUUAAGAUUUACUGUUCGGAUCCUGAAGUCCAUCAUGUAAUCAAUUUCCCCAAAGGCUCUUUGCAUUCUCUUCCUAAUGAGCUAAGACUCCUCCAUUGGGACAACUAUCCUCUGAAAUCUUUGCCUCAAAAUUUUGAUCCUUGGCACCUUGUUGAAAUCAACAUGCCGUACAGUCAACUUCAGAAACUUUGGGGUGGAACCAAGACCCCGGAGAUGUUGAGGACACUAAGGCUUUGCCAUUCCCAGCAACUAGUUGAUAUCGACGAUGUCUUAAAAGCUCAGAAUCUUGAGAUAAUUGAUCUCCAAGGUUGUACAAGCCUUGAGAGUUUCCCAGCAACAAGUCAAUUGCUCCAUCUACGAGUUGUAAAUCUCUCAGGUUGCACAAAAAUACAAAGUUUCCCGGAGCUUCCACCAAAUAUUGAGACACUCCGUCUGCAAGGAAUUGGCAUACUUUCAAUUGUUAAGCCAAAUGGCGAAGACAUCACGAGUCUCCUAGAAGAAUUACAUGGUAUUUCAGAUGUCUUACUUCAGCGUCUAACAAGUUUGAUGAACUUUAGCUCAUCUUGUCAAAAUCUUGGCAAACUUAUUUGCUUGGAUCUGAAAGAUUGUUCUCGUUUGAAAAGUCUGCCUAACAUGAUUAAUUUAGAAUCUCUUGAAGUUCUUGAUCUAUCUGGCUGCUUGGUGCUCAAGACUAUUCAGGGUUUCCCGCAAAACCUAAAAGAGUUAUAUAUUACUGGCACUGCGGUAGGAGACCUUCCACAACUUCCCGAGAGUCUAGAACUCUUGAAUGCACAUGGCUGUGCCGAUCUGCAAUCAUUUAGUGUGGAAUCCGUGAAGCUUCCUAUGCAUUACACAUUCAUUAAUUGUUUUAAACUCUCUUCACAAGAGGUCGAUAAAUUAUUGGUGAAAGCAUUGGCUUAUGUAAAACACAUGCCAAGAGAGCAUCAGAAGGAACUCAACAAACCUCUGGCUUUUAGCUUCUGUGCGCCCUCACACGCGGACCAAAAUUUUACACCUUGUCUGCAACCAGGAUCUUCUGUAAUGACACAACUAAAUCCUUCUUGGGGGAACACGCUUGUGGGCUUUGCUAUGCUGGUGGAAGUUUCAUUUUCAGAGGCUUACUCUGAUGUUACUGGUUUAGGCAUAUGUUGUGUUUGCAGAUGGAAGAACAAGGAAGGCCGCUCUCAGAGUAUAGAAAGAAAUUUGCAUUGUUGGGCUACAGGGGAAGCUGUUCCAAAAUUUCAAAAGGAUCAUAUGUUUGUCUUCUUUGAUGUCAAAAUGCGUCCAAGUACCGAUGACGGAAAUGAGCCGGAUGUAUUCGCUGAUUUAGUUGUGUUUGAAUUCUUUCCUGUCGACAGACAGACGAAGCGGCGUCUAGAUGAUAGUUGCACAGUGAAAAGAUGUGGAGUCUCUGCAAUUGAUGCUUCAACUGGCGAAACAAAUGUCAAAAUAGGGUAUUUCGUAGUUCUCUCACUCCUAUCAUAUGCCAGUGAUAGCUCUGAUGAAGGAUUCAUAAAAUCGAUGGUCAAAGAGGUUAAAGAUUUAAUGGCGAGGAUCCGAAUUAAGGGAAAACCAUCAAGAGAAGUAAUUAGUCAAGGAGUUGUAUUUGUUGUCCCUGCAAGGAGCCUCGAUAUCACUCAUUCGGAGAAUCCUAAAUUAUGGACAUGGAGUAACGAUGCACAAAGUGAAGCAGGCAUCGAAAUCGCGAAGCUGAAUAAAAUAUACUGGCUACAAAUAAAGGGAUAUUUUGUCACGAGGAAACUAACUCCAGGAACAAAGUACAAGGUGGUGUUUAUGAUAUACUUAGAUGAUACAGCACCCGGGUGGGAGGAGCCAGUGACCCUAAAUUUGAAGCUGAAACAUCGCGAUGGAAGCCAGAGUAUACAAGAGUCUACUUUGUGUUUAAAUGACUACAUAUACCACAAUUGGGUGGAUAUUCAAGCUGGAGAGUUUGAGGCACUGCCAGAGAACGUGGUGGAGAUCUUCUUUUCUUUGCAUCAAUAUGAGUACUCUAACCGGAAGAGUGGGCUCUUGGUCAAAGGUGUCGCAAUUCGUCCAACGGACCAAGUCAUUAUAUGAAUGGAGAAGAAUAUUGGAUCAGGUUAGAAGAGAAGAAAAGAGCAUAUUGGAUCUUUCUAUUUAUCCUUCCUUUAAGAAACAUGGAUUAAUUAU